UGCCACGUCGGUCUCUGUGCUGCGAAUUUACACUGUUGCUCCUCCAGCCCCGCGGCUAACUUUUUGGGGUUGUUUUAUGGUCGCCGUCGGAAGGAAAGCGACCCCGCAGGCUCGUCGCUCGUCGCCACACCGGUGCGGUCCGGGAUAUUGAAGCUGAAAGGCGGAGAAAAUGCUGGCUGCUGUUGGGACUCGUCACACAACUGACUGAUGCAUCCUCGUCCAGUUCAGCCCCCCGCAUGUUGUCGAUGUUGUCGGUCCGGCUGUACAUGGUGGCUUAUUGAGAAGAAGGGGAGGAAUCCCAGUGGCUUUUGCUUGGUGGGCGCCGUCCGUGGUGACCGCCACGGUAACCGGCGACCAUGCCAGGGGGUCGCAGGGGUCCCAGCAGACAGCAGCUGAGUCGCUGCGCUCUGCCGUCCCUGCAGACUCUGGUUGGAGGGAGCCUUGGUAAUGGCGCAGGCCUCAGAAACAGGAGCAGUAACUCAGUGGGCCUGUCCGCUCCGCCCAUCUCCGCCCUCAUUACUCCCGAGCCGGUCCGUCACUCCCGGAUCCCCGAGCUGCCGUUGGACAGCAGCCUGCUGUUCGAGUUCCUGCUCUUUCUUUACCUGCUGGUGGCCUUGUUUGUCCAGUACAUCAACAUCUACCGGACAGUGUGGUGGUACCCAUACAGCCACCCUGCUGCCUCUACCUCGCUGAACUUCCAUCUAAUGGACUACCACAUUGCUAUAUUCAUCACAGUUAUGUUGGCCCGGAGGCUGGUUUGGACUAUUGUGUCUGAGGUGUCUCAGAGCAGCGGCGGAUCGCUGUUCCGCUACGUGGUUUUGAUUGCAGCCCGGCUCAGCCUGCUGACCCUGUGCGGCUGGGUGCUCUGCUGGACGCUCGUCAACCUCUGCAAGAACCACUCUGUGCUCAACCUCCUCUUCCUGGGAUACCCGUUCGGUGUGUAUGUCCCGCUCUGCUGCUUCCAUCAAGAAGGCGGGAAAGGCCAAGCGGCUGCCGCUGAAUGCGAUUACCCGGCUGACCACCAGCAGACCGACCUGGCAGAGAGCCCCUUCUUCCGGCCGCGGGACUUCCUUUACCUGUUGCGAGAGAACCUCAGAGAGCAGUUUUCCAGCCCUCCACACAUGCCCACUCACACCUGCCCGCCACACACGCACUCGCACACGCCAGAGCUGAUUCGAGCCGAGGUGGAGGAGCUGAAGAGCGACUUCAACCGGCGAAUCAAGGAGGUGCUCUUCAACUCGCUGUUCAGCGCCUACUACGUCGCCUUCCUGCCUCUCUGCUUUGUCAAGAGCACGCAGUACUACGACAUGCGCUGGUCAUGCGAGCACCUGAUCAUGGUGUGGAUCAACGCGUUUGUGAUGCUGAUGAGCCAGCUCCUCCCCCCGGGCUACUGCGACCUGCUCCAUCGCUCGGCGGCUCACCUGGGCCGCUGGCAGAAGCUCGAGCACGGCUCGUACAGCAACGCUCCUCAGCAUGUGUGGUCGGAAAGCACCGUCUGGCCUCAAGGGGUGUUGGUACGACACAGCCGAUGUCUGUAUAAAGCAGUCGGACCCUAUAAUGUUGCUCUUCCCUCUGAUGUUUCCCAUGCCAGAUUUUAUUUCCUGUUCCACAAGCCAUUGCGGAUCCUCAACCUGCUGAUCUGGAUCGAGUCCAGCGUCGUUUUGUACCAGUUAUACUCUCUGUUGCGCUCCGAGCGCUGGAACCACACGUUGUCCCUGGGCCUUAUUCUUUUCUGCAACUAUUACGUUCUCUUCAAACUACUCAGAGACCGCAUCGUGCUCGGGAAAGCCUAUUCCUAUCCUCUGCCCUCCAACAGUUUGGGGCUGAAGUCGCAGUGAAGGCUCCGCUCAGCGGGCCCUCGCCUACGGACUCUGGAUGUGGAAGGGAGAUUGUGGGAGUAAAGUGGAAGAUCGCUCGGAGGUUAAGGGACAGACUGUGAACUCAUAAUUGUUUUGAUACGGUUCUAUUUUUAAUGCAAUGUUUAUAUAUACCUAUUUAAAAGAAAUUUUUUUAUUUUGUAUACUAUUUCAAGUUACACCGGGCAUUACCACGCCGGCGACAUUAGCAUGAUGUUGUGUUAUGUUGUUGCUUGGCAGCAGGGAAGACGGGGGAAUGCCGGGGAGUGACUUUCACCAAAGAUAUUUUAGGUGCAGGCGGCCAAUCGCAGCGAGGACCUGCCCUCUGACAGGCAGUCGAACCAGACGAGCAGCACAGUGGAGGCGUGCCUGAGAUCCUGAUUGUCCCUUUUUUUUGUUUUUUUGUUUUUUUUUGUUGAAGCCUUGAACCUGGAACCAGUCGCUCUUUGUGCUGGCAGGAUUCCGUCAUUGCUUCAGCUGUAAUUAACACCAACCCUUUUGUCACUGAAACGGUUUGUGACGAAAUGUUUGUUCUUGUUCUAAGCUGGUCAGCUUUUAAUAAGAACACAGACUGAAGCAGUUUGUCUGGCAACAUCUUUCAAAGGUGGCGAGUUCAUGUGUAGUUGUGUUUAACUGAAACAAACCAGAGCGCAAAUAUACAGAUUUCAUGAGCUGUUGCGGCUUCGUUUGGCUGAAUAAAUUUGAACUUGCCAGACCAGAAAACUAAAAGUUGAGGGAUUUUCUUAAAGUGGAUUUAGGGAAACACUUGAUGCAUUUCAAUUUGCCGACUGCAGAGAAUGUUGCAUGGUGCCUACUCGCCGCAUUAUCUUCGAGAAUACUAUGUACUUGUUUUCAUCCUUCAGCGUUUAGUCUGCCAUUCACCACUUUGGUCAAACUCAAGAACUCGUUUCAAGAAGCAGAAAGGGGUUGAACACACCAUUGACACAGCAGUGUGCAAAUGCAGAAUUACAGCUGUUCCAGACCCGUUUGUGAUUAACUUGAAGACUCUGCCAUAUCAGUGGAUGAUACAUUUGAAGGGUUUGAAUCUCAUGAAGCGUGCUUGUAUGGGGGACACCUAUCAUUUUCAUUCAAAUGCAGACAGUGACCAGUUACUUAAUGUUCCUUUAAUGAAAUGUUGGUGGCACGUCGCCAAAGUAGCUGCAAGAUACCCCUUGUGUUGAAAUACUAGAUCUGUGUAAUUAAUGGUUUGGUCCUCCCUGUUUUCAGUUCUCCGUGUGGUUUGUAGUUUUAAGUGUCCACAGCUUUAUAGUAACUGUUUUUGUCUCCGACAUGAGCUUCCUUCCAUAGGUUUAGAUUUCAGUAGGGUAAAGAACUGAACAUGAUCGAACUCCCAACAUGAAGCCAGAUCAGAGUCUCUUAGAUAUUAGACUGAAGCUGUUCUUUUUCCAGGGCCAACCGUCAGUCUCCACUUGCAAAAACAUAAAUUUAAAUGAGUCAUGGGAGUUGCAGACCCACCACAGUUUGGACUGGAGUUGUUAUUUCUCCGUCACACACAUCUAAUCAAAUUGACCCAUCAAGGCAGCAUCUCAUUCGCUCUGUGUACCGAGAUUGAUGUUUUUUUCUUGAGGCAGUGUUUUGGCUUCAGAGAGUAAUCUAAUGGCGCAAUCCCCCAUUGGAAACUCGUAUAAAUUCUGAAAUUAUUCUAGCCGGUGGUGUUUGGUGGGUUUUUUUAUUUACCCCUAAAGGUGAUUAAUUCCGUGGUGUUGCAUCCCAAACAUUUUUCAUAACCUGCCUGCUUUUGCCGGGUCAUCCGCUACACAUGAAGCAUUCACGAUGAAGUACCUCAUACCAGAACACUUCAAAUAUUUGAUCUAUCUGCAUAAAAGCAAACAAUCACAGGUCAUUUGAUCUCUUGAUUUUACAUGGGGUGUUACUAAGCUUUGCUGCAAGAGGUCAUUCACACUCUUUAAACUGUAACGGCACAAAAGGUUAUGGCAAACCAUGCAAUUUUCUCUGUGAAUUGAAUGCAUAUAUAUAAACAAAUCCAUUUUUCUUUUAUGUCCCAGGGAUCCUCUUGUACCAAGUACAUCAUGUGUUCAUUAAUUUAAAAGAUGAUGUUCAGGUUUGACAUUUCUCCGGGUUAUGAGUGGAAACAUCAGGAGGAGUCGGCACCUUGGAAAUGUGUAGCUUCAUCACCAGUUCAUGUGUUCUCAGUUACCAAAAUUGUGUUACAAACAGGUUGCCUUGCAUUUUGUUGCCUUUUCAUUUGGUUGCUCUUCAAAAACACAUGUUCAGCUAUGAAGUUGCCUCAGGAACUCUGGUUCCGCCAGUGGCUCUGCGAUGCAGCCGGUGCAUAACUUUGGGCAGUAUUAAGGAUAAAUGUUAUGACUGUCAAGUAUUCACAGAUUUACAAAUAUUUCCUGUGCUGUUGUGGUUUUUAUUGACUCCUUCCGUUUUCAAAUCGAGUCUUAGAGGAUUAAACUCCUUUGAAUGAAACCGGUGUACGCGUCUGGAUCACACAAGUUGAGGAACUCAACUUAAAA